CACUACAGAAAAAAAUAAAUAAAAAAUAAUUAGCUCUCUUUGGCUUACCUACCAUCAAACAUUACCACCUAUUUAAACCACCCUUCAUUCAUCUCUUUUCCCUCAGGACCAAACUCCUAAAACAAACAAAAAUAUAUAUUACGACAUCUCUCAGUUCUCACCUUAGAGAUCCCUCCAUAAUCUCCUACAUUUAAUUAACUCAAUAUUCAAAUGGAGAUUAACGGAUCAUCACACAAAGUCGACGCUAUGUUAUGCGGCGGAGAGAUCAAGAAUGUCACGGUGGCUGCGGCGGAUCCUCUCAACUGGGGGGCUGCGGCGGAGCAAAUGAAAGGGAGCCAUUUGGAUGAAGUGAAGAGAAUGGUUAUGGAGUUUAGGAAGCCUGUGGUGAAUCUCGGAGGAGAGACUCUGACGAUCGGACAAGUAGCAGCGAUCUCGACCGUUGGAAAUGGUGUGAAGGUGGAGCUGUCGGAGACGGCAAGAGCCGGUGUGAAGGCGAGCAGUGAUUGGGUGAUGGAGAGUAUGGGCAAAGGCACUGAUAGUUAUGGUGUUACUACUGGUUUUGGUGCUACUUCUCAUCGUAGAACCAAAAAUGGCGUCGCACUUCAGAAGGAGCUUAUAAGAUUCCUGAACGCCGGAAUAUUCGGCAGCACGAAAGAAACAUGCCACACACUACCACACUCCGCCACGAGAGCCGCCAUGCUCGUACGCAUCAACACUCUCCUCCAAGGAUACUCCGGCAUCCGCUUCGAGAUCCUCGAGGCCAUAACCAGCUUCCUCAACACCAACAUCACUCCUUCCCUCCCUCUCCGCGGCACCAUCACCGCCUCCGGAGACCUCGUCCCCCUCUCCUACAUCGCCGGCCUCCUCACCGGCCGUCCCAACUCCAAAGCCACCGGUCCCAACGGCGAAGCCUUGAACGCAGAGGAAGCCUUCAAGAAGGCUGGAAUCCCCUCCGGAUUCUUUGACUUGCAGCCCAAGGAAGGUCUCGCCCUAGUCAACGGCACUGCCGUUGGCUCCGGCAUGGCCUCGAUGGUGCUCUUCGAGACGAACGUCCUCUCGGUCCUGGCAGAGGUUCUCUCAGCUGUCUUCGCCGAGGUGAUGAGCGGCAAGCCGGAGUUCACCGACCACUUAACCCACAGGCUGAAACACCACCCAGGUCAGAUCGAAGCCGCGGCGAUAAUGGAGCACAUCCUCGACGGGAGCUCGUACAUGAAGCUAGCUCAGAAGCUACACGAGAUGGAUCCGUUACAAAAACCUAAACAAGACCGUUACGCGCUCCGCACGUCACCUCAAUGGCUAGGUCCUCAGAUAGAAGUGAUCCGUUACGCCACCAAGUCCAUCGAGCGUGAGAUUAACUCCGUCAACGACAACCCUUUGAUCGACGUUUCAAGAAACAAGGCGAUUCACGGAGGUAACUUCCAGGGAACACCCAUCGGUGUCUCCAUGGACAACACGCGUCUCGCUAUAGCAUCGAUAGGGAAGCUCAUGUUCGCUCAGUUCUCCGAGCUCGUCAACGACUUCUACAACAACGGUCUUCCUUCUAACCUAACCGCUUCGAGGAACCCUAGUUUGGACUACGGUUUCAAAGGAGCGGAGAUCGCUAUGGCUUCCUACUGCUCAGAGCUUCAGUACUUAGCCAAUCCAGUUACAACCCAUGUUCAAUCCGCGGAGCAACACAACCAAGACGUGAACUCUUUAGGACUAAUCUCGUCUCGCAAGACGGCAGAAGCUGUUGACAUACUCAAACUCAUGUCGACAACGUUCCUUGUCGCAAUCUGCCAAGCUGUGGAUCUAAGACACUUGGAGGAGAAUCUAAAACAAACCGUGAAGAACACCGUCUCUCAAGUGGCUAAGAAAGUUCUAACCACUGGAGUCAACGGUGAGCUUCACCCAUCUCGCUUCUGCGAGAAAGAUUUACUCAAAGUCGUUGACCGUGAACAAGUCUACACGUACGCGGACGAUCCAUGCAGCGCUACGUACCCGUUGAUCCAGAAGCUAAGGCAAGUUAUCGUUGACCAUGCUUUGGUCAACGGUGAGAGUGAGAAGAACGCUAUGACUUCGAUCUUCCACAAGAUUGGUGCUUUCGAGGAGGAGCUCAAGGCGGUGCUUCCUGAUGAAGUGGAGGCAGCUAGAGUGGCGUACGAUAACGGGACAUCUGCUAUACCGAACCGGAUCAAGGAGUGUAGGUCGUAUCCUUUGUAUAGGUUCGUGAGGGAGGAGCUUGGAACAGAGCUUUUGACCGGAGAGAAGGUGACGUCGCCGGGAGAAGAGUUUGAUAAGGUUUUCACGGCGAUAUGUGAAGGGAAGAUCAUUGAUCCGUUGAUGGAGUGUCUCAGUGAGUGGAACGGAGCUCCCAUUCCAAUCUGCUAAGAGGAAGUCCUCUGUUUUUUUACUACAAAAGUUCUUUUUUUUUUCCUUUAAAUAUCUGAAUAAUUUGUACUAAGUGAUACUCUGUGAAGUCCUAUUUAUUUGUCUAAUUCCAAAGUUGUUUUAUAAAACUCAUUGUAAGUUCUCAAAUGAACAGUUUUCUUGUUACAAAAUGUGGAAUGAUAUAAUCUUCUUCGGUA